AUGUCUCUGGCCUCUUGGUUCAGGUGGAGCGAGCCCCAUGGCAGGCCCUCCCCGAGGAACCCGGCUGAGAUGAUGUCUGACACGCUCAUGGUUGAGCUCAGCUGGCAGAUCAAGCAAGCUGAGAAACAGCAGCGAGAAAGGGAAAACAAAUAUAGGAAGAUCCAAACAGGUGUGGACUACAGCUGGCUGGUCAACCAGCCCAAGAACUCCUACGACAUCAGCCCAGGUGAACGGCUCCAGCUAGAGGACGCGUGCACCAAGAUCCAUCCUUCUUAUUGUGGCCCCAUCAUCCUCAGGUUCCGGCAGCUGAUUGCUGAGUAUGAGCCGGAAGUCCAGGAGCUGUCCCGGCUCUUUCACUCCGUCUUGCAAGAGGUGUUGGAGAAAAUGAAAGAGGAUGAGGAAGCCAAGAAGCUGACAAAACAGUGGAACACCAGACCCCGCACCAGCCUGUCUCUGACCUCCUUUAAGGGCCGCUCUCGGAUCUUCCCCUUCGCCAGCGACAUCAAGACCAUCUCAGAGGAUGUGGAGAGGGGCACGGACCCCGGGCAUAGGGUCUGGAGCUUGCCCGAGUUCCAGAUGCACAAGAAUGACUGACUGGGCAAAGGCGAGUGCCUCCUUAGCCCGUGGUGGUAGUCGUUCUCCAGCCUGGAUAUCCCCUUAGUCAGUCCUUCCCUUUACCUACCCAUCUCUGCCUCAGACCUUCCCCCAUCCCUAGGUCUAGAGGGAUAGUUGAUGCCCUAAGACCCGCUGUUGAGUCCUAAAGCCUUGGGCU